UAGCUUCAGAUUGAUAUAUUUUUUGUUUACGCAAGAUAGUAGUGGUUUUUGCGCAGGAAUCAAAAUAAACAUGAAAACGCUCAUUAUUUUGUUUUGCAAACUCGCGCCUUUAGGUACGGUCAGUUGAUAUUGUUUAGCUUGCUUCGUGCGCAGUUAUUUUUUCAAUAACGGUGGAACUGUUUGUUGUGUUAUUGCAGCCAUGAUAUCGCCUUCUAGUAUAAUGAAGGCGAUUGGGUCUGAUGGGAGGGCGCGUUUGGUGCCCUUCUUCAAAUGCGUGUGCGUGUACUUCGCGGCGGGAGGCGGCGCCUCGGUUACGGGCGCUGCGCUCAAGGUAGCCCCUGUCCUGUGUCUGCUACUGUGUGUACUGCUGAGAGCCUGCGCCACCACCACCACCAGACACCAGCGCCGGUACGCGUGGCUGAUAAGUGCUGGUCUGGCGCUGUCUGCUGCUGGAGACGCACUUUUAGUGUGGCCGCAUCGCCUGGAGGGGGGAAUGGCGGCGUUUGCUGGCGCUCAUAUAUGCUACAUGACGGCAUUCGGGCUCCGACCUACAGCACCGCUAUCAGCAUUGCUAAUGCUGUUAGGAGCGGCACUGUAUGUGCAUAUUGUGGCCCCCCCGGCGCAUUUAGCUAUACCGGUCACUUGCUACGCCUUGCUGCUCGGCGGCAUGGCCUGGCGAGGUUCAGCUAAGGCUGGACCACAACGUCUUGGAUCUCUUCUGUUCGUAUUGUCUGAUGCUAUGCUCGGAUACACGCUGUUCUCCGGCACGCUGCCACAUCAACAGUUGCUGGUAAUGUCUACGUACUACGUGGCACAACUUUGCAUUUCACUUAGCGCAUUGGAACUUCCGCGAGAACCACUACACUAGCUGUGGUCUCUAACAUUUACCCAUAGUCUGUGACACAGUUACUUAUUACUAUAUAAUAUUUUAUCCAUAUUAGUUUAUCGAGAGACGCUGAGAUGUUCGAAGGUCGUCUUCGAUUUGUUUAUUGCGUAAUGGUUUUAGUCAUACGACAUAGAAACGAGGUGGUGGAAAAAAUACAUGACAAAUGCAUUUAGUGCCAAAAUUUAUUGAAUAUUUUUCUGGCCAAAUGUCUAUAUUACAAAACUCGAUAAUACCUAAAGCGUGAACGUAAUCAGAGUUCAAAAGUUACAUAUCCGUCAUCACCGUUGUCUUCCUUCAGGUUUAUAAAAACAGAAUUCAUCAGCUAAAAGAUUUUUUUUCUCUUUGAAUCCACAUUGAUCCGUAGAAUAAUAUAAGCCGCCUAGAAGAAUUAUGUUCGUACUGCGGGUCAGUUACAAUCGAACUCCUACAAGACUGACGAUGAAUUUUGAUAUGAACUCCCUUUACAAAUUGGACAACUGUUAGGUACAAUACUCUCUCGGAUUUUCUACAUUUACCGCCUCCUUCGGUUCAUUCACCAGAAAUUUCCUGUGAAAGUAUUUCAUCUAAAUCACCUAAACCUAAAUAUUUACACCUUUGAAAAUUUUAAGAUUCUCUUCUCGAGCUUAUUUGGUGGAAACGCUGAAUACGUGAUAUGAAAAUAUGUGAUUGUAAAAAAUCAUUCGUAAGGAAUGUAAAUUGUAAUAAUGUUUAUUAUGGAAUGUCUGGAGUCCGCGAAUUUCUCUGAAUCACCUUGACGUCAAUAAUAAUAUGGGACUGGUUAUUCCUUCGACUACCUUAAAAGUAGUACGUAGAUUGGGUACGGUUGAAACAAUUUAGCUUUUAUCGUUUAUAAACCAAGUGAUGAAUAUGAUACAUGAAAUGAAAAUGUGAAGUGCUGGCUACGAUAAGGCUGUAUCAUUAUAUGACCCAGGCUAUUUUUUUUAAAUAUUUGAAAUAAAAAAAAACAGAUAUGGUUCAACCGUCCCCAUGCCAAGGGCGGUUGAAACAGCGUUUGGGGUCAGUUGAACAACAUGCAAAUAAUACAAUAAAUACUAAGAAAAAUGUUUUAUUUAUCAUUUAAAGUAAGUAUGGCACCACAUAACAGCAUUAAUCAGUCUUCAAGGUAUCAUCAGUAGGAACAAUAAAAAAAAAUCUAAAAUCAAAUAACAAUUAAAAAUAAAUUUAACAUUUCGAAUAAACUAAACAAAACUUCUUUUGAAUCAAAUAAACAAUCAAAAUAAACUUAGUUAAGAGAUUAAUCAGAGUAUUCAGAGUCGCAAUUGUGGCAAACGUAGUUAAAACCACCUUCUUUUCUGGUUUUCCACCCUUUAUUACAUUUCCUUGAGGGUGCUUUUGGUAACGGUCUUACUGCCUCCGGAGUAAAAACGAUACAAUCAUUAGUAGUUUGUGCCCUUGUAGAUAGUCUUGAAAUUUCUUGAUAGAUAUCGAUGCUACCAAGCCUAGGUUGUGUAUAAAUAGUUUCUCCGGUUCUGCGUUUAUUUGCUGGAUUAUGGUAAUGGUGAGUCAAGUAGAGCUUGAUGUUCAACAGUUGUCUGGAGAGACAAUUGUAAUUCCUUAGUUAAAAGAUGAUAGUGGUGGUGUUUCAUCUUCGCUUGUAUUUUCAUUAAAUGUAGAGACAACAGCAGAGUCUAUAGUAUUUUCUCGAUUAGAUCUAUUAUAUGUUCUCUCAUUUAUAUUGUCAGGAUUUGGUCAAUCUGUUACAAAUGCAGAGGCAAAAUCGAUCUCAAUAAACAGAUUCCUGUUAUAUGGAUAAAAUCCUGUUUUGCGGAAGCCGGCUUGAAUGUUGGAAGAUGUCAUAGCGAGGGGCAAAGCAGACACUACAAUUCUCGGUAUACCGCAUAUCGACAUGGGUUUCCUGGAUGGCUUCUCAUCCAUGCAUCACACGUAGAAUUUACAGCGUCCUUUUAAGGGCCAUAUGCGGAUUGAUCGAACGGCUGCAGCUUGUGAGAGCAAUAAGGAGGAAAAGACAAUUACACAAUUCCAUUGUUCUUGCAAAAGUCCAGUGUGUUUAUGUGCACGUGUGAGGAGUGAGUAUCUAGUACGAGUAAAACUUUGUGGGACACAGUAACCUUAGAAUGCUUUUGAAAGUGUUUUAGAAAAUGCAGGAAUGAUUCAUCUUGCAUCCAACUUGAGGGAUUUGCGGUCCCACUAGACCUUAUUGGGUCAUCCCUAAGAAAAUGGUCUUGGAAUCGCGCUCGCCGAAAUAAAAAGGUGGUGGGAAAACAUUUCCAAUGGCGUUUACUGCAAAGGUUACUGUCACUAAAGUACCCCUUUCACCUGAGGUUACUGAACCAACUUGACGAGCACCACGUGUAGCUAUGACUCUGUCAGGCUUUUGCCGAUUUCAUCGUUGUUAUAUAUGUCUAGGGGCUCAAAUUUAUAACGGACCAUGACGGUGGACAGAUUAUCAUAGAAGACGUCUACGUUAUUUUUAUUAAAGCUGUCGCCCUUGACAAGCUUGUAGCUUGUGCGACGCGCACGGACAGUUCAGGAUUUCUUCUCAUAAACGUGUGAAUACAUUCCGUUGCCUUCCCAAGUUCAAGGUCGUGGUAAAUUAUACUUAAUGGUAAGUUAAAAGCUAAUUUUCUCACCAUUUUCUUAGAUAGUCCGAAAUAUAUAUCAGCACAUCGAAUCAGAUAUUUUGGUAAUUCUCGCUCCUGAUGUUCAUUGAAAAUACGAUUGUAUGCUUUAUCCCCCAUACCUUCAUCGUCUUUGCCGGACGCAUCUCGCUUUCGUAUGUAUCUUAACAGGGAACAGUGAUUUAUACCAAGCUUGUCCGCGACUUUCCGUAAUGAAUCCCCAGCUUUCACCUCCUCAUAUGCAUUACAUUACUGCUGGACAAGUUAAUUUGCCCUCUGCGAGUCUUCCUCACUCGAACUCUCGGCAUCUACAAAAAAUAUACAUUCUGUUUUAACCGCACCCACAAGAAAUGUUUCAACCGUCCCCAACUCUACUUUUUGUAAAAUAUUCUUUUAAGUACAACAGUGAUAUAACACAUUUAAAAAUAGUCACUAUCCCUUAUUCUACCAGCUUCAUAAUAAUCACAAACACUCACUCUAUUCAUUCACUUAAAAAGAAUAGAUAAAUAAGCGUUAAUAUCAAAAGAAAAAAUACUUACUCUUGGGUAAUAAAAAAACAAUACGGCUUCCUGCACACAACAACAAUGCACGGGGAGCGGCGCGGCACGGUAUUUUUGUUCGGGCCUGUCGCCGCUACGUUGUGUCCUGGCCCCCCCCCACUCCCCGCAUAGCCGUUUACAAGAUAUUUGCUUUGUUUCAACCGUACCCAGUCUACCCUAGUAUAGGAAGCAAAAUUGUACCAUCAUUUAAGCCAUUUAGGUCUUCGAUACAAACACCCUUGAAUUCAAAACAAAAAUUGUUUGUAGUAUUUACGUACCCAUUUGUUGAUUGAAAAUUUCUUAUAGAAUUAAUAUUGUUAGCCCUUAAAAAUAUGUUUUUGUAUUAAAACACAAAAGAUAGUCUUCCGAUUAUGAACAUCGGGCGUUACAUUCCAAGUUACAAAGUUGGUUAUAAGUUAAACAUAUAGCAGUUUGAUUUUACUUUUAUUAUCAGCAUUUUAACCUGUCUAAAAAAAGAUUUUUUUUUUGCGAAAGUGGGAAUAAAAAACAUUUGUCUGAAGAUCACCGAUCAAUAGAUUUUUUGGCUAUUAGUAAUCACACGUCUAUAGUUCCUGCAACGUGAAUAUUUGCAAAAUGGUAAACUAAUCGAUCGUUCAUCGCAACCUGUUCGUUUAUCUAUUUAAUGACAUCUAAGAUUUUCACGAGUUUUAUUCAUUUUAAUGAAACUAGUAUUUUUCGGAUAAACUACGCGUGAUUUAUUUUUGUAAAGAACUACGUACUUCCGAAGUUUCGGUUACUUUUCAGCAACCGUGAUCACGGGCAGACGAAAUGUCAUCAUCUCAUCUCGCCAAUCACGCGUAGUUUAUCCGAAAAAUACUAGUUUCAUUUAUAAGGUUUAUCUAUUUGUUAAUAGAUAACUGUGUCUCGUUACUGAUGUUCGUUGUCCAUUACACUAUAAUAACAGCUCUCUCUUCUUUAACUAGCUGUUUAUUGACCACAAAUCGUAUCGUAAUAUGAAGUGUUGGCAAUUUCAUAUUAAUAUUCCUUUGCUGUUUCAAAAAUUUACUACAGUAACUUCUAUUUCUUGUUCUUUUAUAUUAAAAUAUUUCGAGUAUUCCGUAGAACUCUUUGGUUCAAGUUAAAGUAUUCAGUCAACAAUGAAUUCAAUCAGCUAAAUGGAUCAGAUUCAUAAGACGAUGAUCAGAUAUAAGUAAAAUUUGCUAUUUUUGUAAGAAAAUAUCAAAACUUCUUAUGCUUCUUAAAAGGACUCUUGACAGAAUAAGGGUUUGUCUGUAUUUUUGUUUUAAGUUCUACAUUAACUCAUACAACGGCUAUUUUUAGCUUCCAUAACUUUGUUUGAUUGAAACUUGUUAACUCUAUCAAAUAAAUAAAAUAUAUGUAUGUAUAUCAUUAACUCUUCCCUAUCCUAUUGUAGGUAAAAUUACAAUACACCUUUAUGUAUAGGGUAUCCUGGCCUGGGAAGACGCAAUUGCGGUUUAAAAUAUUCUAAAAAAGUCCAGGAAAUCAACUAGGCAUUCGUUACACAUACAAUUGAAUCAUAUUUUAUAACACAAAGUAACAUCAGAAAUAUACUUUUUUUCCCAAAAUUACAACACUUCUUAUAAAUUGUUUUCGAACAGUUCUUUACUAUAUUUUUAAAAAAAUCGUUACACUUCAAAAACUUUACUUCCAUUUCUAACGUUAUGCACAAAAAGCGCGAGAAGGUUAUUAACUGUGUGAUUUAUGUUUACAUAUAGUCCUUGAAGUCUAUAUUUUAUUAUGGUACUGUCUCGCCUACAUUUUUGUCAAAGCAAACAAUAAGUUUCAUAAUUCUCGUUUCCAAAUCGUUACUGUACUUACACCAGAAACAAAAAUACCUAACUGUUAUUUUAAAACGAUACUUGAAUGUAAUUUGUUUAUUGUUUCAAUUUUUGAUAUCAUAUUGUAUUUUAACCAAUAACACAUUUAUUACUACAAACAUAUCGAUAGACAUGAAAACAUAAUUGUGGUAAAAAUAUAUUGUAUAAAGCAGUUUUAAACUCAAAGAGGAAUCGUUGUACCGAGAAUUAAACAUUUCCGGUAACAUCACUGAUAGUUUAAAAAAGUUAUUGUACUGUAGAGUUCAAAGUUAAAACUGUAUUCAUAUACAAAAGAGCGUUCGUAUUAAUGUCAAAAUAAUUUGUAAAUGUAUCUACUCUAAAACAGUUUGCACCUCGAAACUCAACUAUAGUCAACUUUUCUCUCAUUUCAUUCGUCGAUAGAGAAAUAUAAAUUCGUUUUAUUAAUUAUGUAAAUUAACGAUAGUGACCAGAAAGGCAUUACCAAUAGCGUUAUUUGAUAUUUCAUUUCAAAGUGACGUUUCCAUUUUGACAUUUUGAAAAUACAGAUAAUAUUUUUAGUCCUCGACGCAAAAAGAGGGGUUUUAUAAGUUCGAGGUCGAGGUUGUGUCUGUACCUGACUGCGAUAUUGUAGCUCUCACAUAAAUGUACUGAUUUCGAUGUCAGUUUUCAUUUGAAAGCAAGUGUCCUUGUGAUUUUUUUCCAGCUACGUUAGUUUAACAUCGUUCCAGUGUUGUAAAAGAAUGAGUUCUUUUCCAUUAUAUUUACUCGAUCAGUGCCUUCCUUUCGCGUGCCAGUAAACGCGAUAAAUUACUAUUGAAGCGCGGGGGGUUUUAAAGAAAUUAAUAAAAUGUUAUUUAUAUUAUAAUUUAGUUUUUUAAAAGAAUAUUAAAUGUGUAGUUUGAUUCUUUUCUAUAUAACACAUCGUGUAAUAAUAGGCAACGUCAAAAGGUCGCCAGUGGGACAAAUUAAAAGUGUUUAUUGUUUAAAAUAAAUGUCAUUUUAUUUUCUAUCAACAAGACACUGUCCCUUACAUGCCAUUCAUGAUUAUCUCCUAUGUACAAACUACCCAUUUGAAAGACACGAAGUCUCUAAAGUUUUAAUUAUAAAGUAUCUCUAGAUGUCACAAUGUACCGAUUAGGGUCUAAGUGUUUAGAUUAUAGUGUAGAUGCCAUUAUUGGUAGUUAUUUUUGUGUAAUAUUUUAUUAUUGUAACAUUAUAUGAGUAUGUAUGUAAUGUAGACAAAUAAAUAUAUAAACAAACAUAA